UGCUCCACCGUUCCAAAUCCGAACGCUGCCGGCCGGCGAAGGGGCGUGGCCUGCAUUGGAGACAGUCGCCGGCGCUGGGCGAGCAACGAAGCCGUGAAUGGAAGGGGUCUCACCUUAAAGGGGCCGCGCCAGCUCACCAAACGGAGAACUGUGCAGCUGGCAACAGGGCAUGGUGCGGGAGACCUUGUCCCGCCUCGCAGGAUGGGUUUUGGCAUUCAGCUGGCGUUGUUGAUGUGGAAGAACUUCACCUAUCGGCGUCGACAGACAGUCCAGCUGAUCAUUGAAGUCCUCUGGCCCCUCUUUUUAUUCUUCAUCCUCAUUUCGGUGCGCCAGUCUCACCCGCCGUUCGAGCAGCAUGAAUGCCACUUCCCCAACAAAGCGCUGCCCUCGGCUGGGACGCUGGCCUGGCUUCAGGGCAUCGUCUGCAACGUGAACAAUCCUUGCUUCCGGUACCCGACAGCCGGGGAGGCCCCAGGCGUGGUGGGGAACUUCAACAAUUCCAUCAUCUCCCGCCUCUUUGCGGAUGCUCGGACGGUGCUUCUCCAUGCGCAUGACCAGCAGGCACAGAGCGGUUUCUUCCAGCUCCUGAACGCAUUGCGCCAACUCAGCGGCAACGCCAGUCAGCGGACAGCUGCCCAGGUUAGGACGUACCUGAAAGACAACGAGACGUUCUCCCAGUUCCUUCGGACAAACGCCUCCCUCCCUCCUGAAUUGGUGGAGGCGCUGCUCAGGUCUCAGCUCGACCCGCAGGUGUUUUCUCUUGCUGGCUCGCCCUUGAAGGGGAUUGUCUGUAAUGCUUCCGUUCUCUCCAAGUUCCUGGUGACAAAGGAUGCGGGGGCCGCAGAGGGCCUACAGAAAGCACUCUGUGCCUUGCCUGACUCAACACUCCAGGCUGUGGAGCGCAGUUUCUUGUCCCAGAUGGAUCUGGUCAAAAUAUUUGGGGAGCGCUUGAGUUCUGGAUCGGCUGACAUUGCGAACACCGUGGAAUCUCUUCGUGUUUUCCUUCAGGCCACUGAAUCGUUAGCUAAGGAGCUCUCCUCCAUGACCAGCUUUGUCGAAUUCAAUGAGGCCCUGCAGAACCUGUCGGGCAGGGCUGCCGCUUCGUCCCCUCAGCAAGCCUUCGAAACGGUGUUCCGUAUCGCCUGCGGUCACCCCGAACAGGGCGGACUCAAAAUACCCUCCCUCAACUGGUACGAGAACAACAAUGUCAAGUCCUUCCUGAAUCGCAGUGACUCGGAGCAGGCAACCGUCUCCUUGGACAACGCCACCAGCCCCUUCUGCAAAGCUGUGAUCAGGAACUUGGAGGCCAAUCCCGUCUCGCGCAUCCUCUGGAGGGCUGUCAAGCCCCUUUUCGUUGGCAAAAUCUUAUAUGCUCCUCUGACGCCAGUCACCCAGAAGGUCAUGGCUGAGGUGAACCGCACCUUCCAGAACCUUGCCGUGCUGCAUGAAGUGCAGGGAGCUUGGCAGGAGCUGGGCCCCCGGAUCUACACCUUCAUGAACGCCAGCCCGGAAGUGGGAGCUGUUCAGAACCUUCUAGAAACCCCCGGCGUGGCCCGCUUUCUGGAGCAGCGCCUCCGCGGAACGUUCUGGAACAUUUCAACGCUGAGGGAGUUCCUGUCCCCGGAGGAGAAAGGCGAGGCCUACACUUGGCGCCGGUCGUACGCCAAAGUGGACAAGAUUAUCGGCACCUUGUCACAGUUCAUUGAGUGUGUUUCGCUGAACAAGAUUGAGGCGCUGGCGUCGGAAGAGCAGCUGGUUCGGCGCGCCAUGGAGUUGCUGGAGGAUCGCCAGUUCUGGGCCGGAGUCGUCUUCCUGCCGCCAGACAACCGGAGCAAACUCGGCACGGAUCUGCCGCCCCACGUCCGCUACAAAAUCCGCAUGGACAUUGACGACGUCACGCGCACCAAUAAAAUCGGAGACAGGUUUUGGGAUCCGGGACCAGCUGCAGACCCCUUCGACGACUUGCGGUACGUCUGGGGAGGUUUUGUCUACAUCCAGGACCUUGUGGAGCAGGCCGUGACUCGGGUGCUUGCUGGGAUGGAAGCGCUGCCCCGCACCGGGAUCUACGUCCAGCAGAUGCCUUACCCCUGCUAUGUUGAUGAUGUCUUCCUGCGGGUCCUGAACCGUUCCUUGCCCCUCUUCAUGACGCUGGCUUGGAUCUACUCGGUGGCGAUGAUCAUCAAGGGGGUGGUCCACGAGAAGGAAGCCCGCCUGAAGGAGACCAUGAAGAUUAUGGGGCUCAGCAGCACCACCCUCUGGCUGAGCUGGUUCCUCAGCAGCUUCAUCCCCUUCCUCAUCAGCGCCUCUUUGCUCGUCCUCAUCCUGAAGGUGGGUGACAUCCUCCCUUACAGCAACCCGGCGGUGGUCUUCCUCUUCCUGGCCACCUUCGCGGUGGCCACCAUCUCUCAGUGCUUCCUCAUCAGCACCUUCUUCUCCCGCGCCAACCUGGCUUCGGCCUGCGGAGGCAUCAUCUAUUUCUCCUUCUACCUCCCCUAUGUGCUCUGUGUGGCUUGGCGUAACCACAUCACCUUUCCGUUGCGUCUCUUGGUGAGCCUCUUGUCCCCAGUAGCGUUUGGCUUUGGCUGUGAGUACUUCUCCCUCUACGAGGAACAGGGGGUGGGCAUUCAGUGGUACAAUCUGAACACCAGCCCCGUGGAAGGAGACCGCUACACGUUUGCCACCUCCAUGGGACUGCUUCUCCUGGACGCCUUCCUGUAUGGCCUGGCCACCUGGUACAUCGAAGGAGUAUGCCCAGGUCAAUAUGGGAUCCCUAAACCGUGGAAUUUCCCUUUCUUGAAAAGCUACUGGUUUGGAGAAUCCUCCACGGAGGACUGCCCUCAUCCUGUCCCUACAAGUUCUCUUAACCCAGAAGUGUUGGUGGAGGAGCCUCCUGGGCACCUGAAAGUGGGUGUCUCCAUCCGCAAUCUAGUCAAGAUCUACCACAGCAGCAGCAAAAUCGCCGUCAACGGGUUGAGCCUCAACUUCUACGAGGGCCAGAUCACGUCCUUUUUGGGGCACAACGGAGCCGGCAAGACCACCACGAUGUCCGUUCUGACUGGCCUGCUGACCCCCAGUUCAGGCACGGCUUAUGUUCUGGGGCGGGACAUCUGCUCCGACAUGGACAUCAUACGGAAGACCAUGGGGAUGUGCCCUCAGCACAACGUCCUCUUUGACAUCCUGACGGUGGAGGAGCACAUCUGGUUUUAUGGACGACUGAAGGGCCUCUCUGGACAGCAGGUCCGAGAGGAGAUGGAGCAGAUCAUACAAGAUGUGGGGCUGCCCCACAAGCGACAGGCACAGACCAAGAACCUGUCAGGGGGGAUGCAACGCAAACUCUCUGUGGCCAUUGCCUUUGUGGGCGGCUCCAAGGUGGUCAUUCUGGACGAGCCCACAGCCGGCGUUGACCCUUAUUCCCGCCGAGGCAUCUGGGAGCUGCUGUUAAAGUACCGUGCAGGCCGGACGAUCAUCUUGUCGACCCACUACAUGGACGAGGCGGAUCUGCUUGGCGACCGCAUCGCGAUCAUCUCCCAGGGGCGGCUCUGCUGCUGCGGAUCCUCGCUCUUCCUCAAGAGCAAGCUGGGCACCGGCUACUACCUGACCCUGGUGAAACGGGAGGUGGGCGGCCCGCGUGAGCCAGCCGGCGCGGCGGGUACCGCCAAUGGCGUCACACCCACUGGCAAGAAGGCCGACAGUGAUUCGGAACGGAGCUGUGACACCGGCCUGGGUAGUGAUCAGAACAGCGAGUCGACCACCUUGGAUGUAUCCCAGCUAACGGCGCUGGUCCAAAAGCUUGUCCCUGGGUCGCGCCUGGCAGAGGAUAUCGGCCAGGAAGUCCUCUACGUCCUACCCUACAGUGGAGCCAAAGACGGUGCCUUUGGAAAGCUGUUCCAGGAGUUGGAUGCUCGGCUGGGCGAACUGGGCAUCUCUGGCUACGGCAUCUCCGAUACCAGCUUGGAAGAGAUCUUCUUGAAGGUGGCAGAGGACACUGGUGUGGAUGCAGAAGGUGAUAUAGACACAAAUCGUCAGAGUUUUAGAACAUCCACACCAGUGUCCAGGUACACCCUUGGGGAGGACAUGGAAGCAGCCGAACUGGUUGCAAGAUGUAAGAAGAAAGUGGACGAAGCCAAAGAGACCGACCUCUUGCGGGGCACGGCCGCUCAGGGCUCCCGCCGACUGACGGGCUGGGCACUGACGUACCAGCAGCUCCGCGCCCUCUUCGUCAAGCGGCUGCUGUACGCCCGUCGCAGCACAAGAGGGUUCUUCGCGCAAAUUGUGCUUCCGGCCGUUUUCGUGUGCAUUGCCUUGCUGUUCAGCCUGAUCACCCCUCCCUUUGGGAAAUACCCCCCGCUGCAUCUUGAGCCGUGGAUGUACGACCCUCAGCUCACCUUUUUCAGUGAUGAGUCCCCAGGUGAUGCAGACUCCGCCCCACUCCUAGGAGCCCUUUUAGAUGAUCCCGGAUUUGGAACCAAGUGCAUGCGGGAUACUUCAGAAUGGAAGCCGCCCUGUCCACCAACUUUCCACGAACAAGGGUUCGUCGUCCCCCAAGCGUCCUGGUCUGUGGUGGAAAUGUUUAAAAAUGGCAACUGGACGAUGGCUCAUCCGUCGCCGGGAUGUGAGUGCAGCACCCGGGUGGCACGGAAGAUGCUCCCGGACUGCCCCGAAGCGGCCGGAGGGCUACCUCCUCCUCAGAUGCUGAGAAAUACUGGUGACAUCCUCCUGAAUCUUACUGGACGGAAUAUCUCGGACUACCUGGUGAAAACCUACCCCAAAAUCAUUAGCAAAGAGUUACAAACCAAGAAAUGGGUUAACGAACAGCGGUAUGGUGGAUUUUCACUGGGUGCCCAUAGUUCACAGGCCCUGCCAUCACCUGAGGAAGUAUCCACCACUGUGACAGAAAUCCACAGCUUCCUCAAUGUCAUCAAGGGGAGUUCUCUGGACAGACUGCUGAGCAACCUCACAGAUUUUAUCGAUGGACUGGAGACGCGUCGGAACGUGAAGGUCUGGUUUAACAACAAGGGCUGGCACGCCAUGGUGUCCUUUGUCAACGUGAUGAACAACGGACUCCUCCGGGCCAGCCUGCCUGCCGGCAGCAACCGCUCUCACUACGGCAUAACCGCUUUCAACCACCCACUCAACCUGACCAAAGAACAGCUCUCGGAGGCAGCCCUGAUGGCCACCUCGGUGGAUGUGCUGGUCUCCAUCUGUGUGAUGUUCGCCAUGUCCUUCGUCCCCGCCAGCUUCGUCCUCUUCCUCAUCGAGGAGCGCGUCAGCAAAGCCAAGCACCUGCAGAUUGUCAGCGGCAUGAAUCCUGGAGUCUACUGGCUUGGCAACUUCUCCUGGGAUAUGUGCAACUACCUCGUCCCGGCUGUUCUGGUGGUGUUGAUCUUUCUCUGCUUCCAACAGAAAUCGUACGUCUCUCCGGCCAACCUCCCAUCUCUUGUUCUGCUGCUGCUCCUUUACGGCUGGUCCAUCACGCCCUUGAUGUACCCAGCCUCCUUCCUCUUCAGCGUCCCCAGCACAGCCUACGUGGCACUGACGUGCGUCAAUCUUUUCAUCGGGAUCAAUGGCAGCGUGGCCACCUUCGUUCUUGAGCUCUUCUCUGACAAGAACCUGAACGACAUCAACGUCAUCCUGAAGAAGGUCUUCCUUGUCUUCCCCCACUUUUGCCUCGGCCGGGGGCUGAUUGACAUGGUCAAAAACCAAGCCAUGGCAGAUGCGUUCGAGAGGUUUGGCGACAGACGCUUCGUCUCUCCGCUCAGCUGGGAGCUGGCCGGGAAGAACAUUUUUGCCAUGGCCGUGGAGGGGGCCGUCUUCUUCCUCUUCACCCUCUUGGUGCAGUACAAAUUUUUCAUCCAUCUCCGGCCCUUUGCUGUCAAACUGCCCCCAUUAGGGGAGGAAGACGAGGAUGUGGUCAAAGAAAGGAAGAGAAUUGGGAGUGGAAAGAAGCGGGGUGACAUCUUGGUGCUGCAGGACCUGACCAAGGUGUACCGGAUGAGCAAAAAGCCAGCAGUGGACCGGCUCUGUGUGGGGAUCCCUCCAGGAGAGUGCUUUGGCCUCCUGGGGGUGAACGGUGCCGGGAAGACGACGACUUUCAAAAUGCUGACUGGAGACGCGGAGGUGACCUCAGGGAAGGCCUUUCUGAAAGGGUACAGUGUGCUUGAUGACCUGCAAGCUGUCCACCAAAACUUGGGCUACUGUCCCCAGUUUGACGCCAUCAACAACCUGCUGACGGGCCGCGAACAUCUGGCGUUCUAUUGCCGUCUGCGUGGGAUUCCGGAGAAUGAGAUUCCCACGGUGGUCUGUUGGGGACUUUCGACCCUUGGCCUGGUGCAGUAUGCAGACCGGCCGGCCGGCCGGUACAGCGGGGGUAACAAGCGGAAGUUGUCCACGGCCAUCGCGCUGAUCGGAGCCCCGCCAGUUGUCUUUCUGGAUGAGCCGACGACGGGGAUGGAUCCGCGGGCGAAGCGCUUUCUGUGGAACUGCAUCCUCGGCGUGAUCAAAGACGGCCGGUCCGUGGUGCUCACGUCCCACAGCAUGGAAGAAUGUGAAGCGCUUUGCACCAAAAUGGCCAUCAUGGUGAACGGACGUUUCCGGUGCCUGGGGAGCGUGCAGCACCUCAAGAACAGGUUCGGAGACGGAUACACCAUUGUCCUCCGGGUCUCUGGGAGCAACCCUGACCUGUCCCCACUGGAGCGGUUCAUCCAGGACUCCUUCCCCAACAUCACCCUGAAGGAGAAGCACCGUUCCACCCUCCAGUACCAACUUCCAUCCCGCGGCUGUUCGCUGGCCAAGAUCUUCAGCAUCCUGUCCGCGCAUCGGAGCACCUUCCACAUUGAGGAUUACUCUGUCUCCCAAACCACCCUCGACCAGGUGUUUGUUCACUUUGCCAAAGAUCAGAGUGAUGAAGUCCACCCUGGGGAGGUGCCCCCCACGGCCCAUCCUGAAAAUGCACCCAGUCCUUGGAGGAGAAUCGCCGGUUUCCUUCAGGAUAAGAGCAUGCAGGAGAGCAGGGUCUGAGAAACAGGUCGACAAGGAACUCUGUGCCUUUUCUUUGUGUCUGCAGAGCUGCCUUCUCAGGUUGUGAGCGCCAGAGGUGAUCCUCGACUCACUGGAUCCCUCUGGUUGGGGUUGGGAUUAAAGAUAGAAGAUUCCCUGGCAUUUCCCCCCUGGGGUCAGGUCAAUAUUCUCCCCCGCCCAAGUCUAUGCAAAAGCUGCCACAUACUGAGUCUGGCCCUUGGUCCAUCUCGCUCAGUAUUGUCUACUCUGACUGGCAGCAGCUCCCAGCAGAGAGACCUGCUGCCUGGCUCUUUUAAUGGCAGAUAGUGAGUCUUCAGCUGGGGACCUUUUACCUACAUCUACAACCUCUGUACUCUGACACCAAGCUACGGCCCUUCCCAGGGUACACCACAACCUUAAACAGGUUUCUAGCCGCUUUAUCUGGCCGUGGCCUUUUGCACAAGGGGACGCUGGGGACUGCAGUUCUGCCCAGACAGGAGGUACGUUCCUCUCCCAAUAAAAGAAUGUUCAGGAUGAGUGCAGCAAGGACAUCUCUAUAAGCUCUUUUGGGGGCAAAGCUACAAUACCUGUUCAGAUUGUGGGUUUCUCCCCUUGGGGCUGGAGGAAGGUUCCGUUUGCCUUCACAAACACCUCUGUUUUUGCACUGGUGUAGACACAGCAACAGGUUAAGCAGACUGCGUGAUAUAAGCCACGCAGCCUUCCCUGGCCAUGACCUAUGGGCUUCUCUGGGCACAUGAGCCGGGCAACGGGUACCACUCUCUGAAUGGCUGGUGGUGUCAGAGUGAGUUUGCUGUAUUAGUUGAGUAAUCACAGGUAUUGUGUGGGUUUGAAGUCAGAUUUGAAGCACGUCAGACUCCAGAACCUAUGUCUUUGCCCUAUGCUGGCCCUGGGCCUGGCCCUCCUGUAGCUGCAGGUGUGGGGUGAAUUCUGGCUGUGUAUGGCAAGAACCGCUCUCUUAGCCCAUGGGGAAAGGUACUUGCUUCUCCCCACUUCGGAACGUAGAUAUUAAACCAAAAAUAUGUUAGCUGAGUUGGAGUGUACAAUAGCAGCCCCUACUGGCAGACUGCAGGCAUUGUACAUACCAGUCUAUAAAGUAGGAGUUGCUGUCUUAGCUGGAAAGCUACUUGCUUUGCCCUACUUUAAAACUAGAUAUUAAACCAAAAAGGUUUUAGCUGAUUUCACAUGCACAAUAGCGGCCCCUGCUGACAGAAUGACAAAUAUCUAUAUAACAUUCUAUAUAGCAGGAGCCACUGUCUUAGCUGGAAAAGCCCUGCUUUGACAACCUGGGUAUGAAACCAAUAACAAUUUAGCUGAUUCUGAAUUAACUCUAGCAUCCCCUACUGACAGAAUACAAUCAUUCCCAUACCAACUAAAGGAAGGCAAGAAAUAAGUAAACGAAGACUCACAUCUUCCACGCCAGAGAGAGGGAUGCAUGUUUUAAAUCUAGAUGUCUGCACCCUGACCGCAUAUAGCCAAUCACAUAUUUUGAUUCUAUGAAGUGGCGGAGUGUGGAUGAAAUUGGGUACCCUCUAGGAAGGGAUAUGACCUUGAUCUUCCUCUCUACAGUGCACUGACUUUUCUUUGUGUACACACACAAUCUCUGAAUGUACAAAACACUGUCCACUGCAGGGCAGACCUCUCUACUUGAAUCUUUUUGCUUGUUGCUCAUAGAGUAGUCCACACCGAAUGGAACUUGCUCAGCUCUGCAGAUUAUUGUGAACAUUACACUGAAAAAAAAAUUCUCCGCAGCACUUUUUAAGCACAUGGAACAUUUUAUGAUUUCAUUUGUCCUUGUGACGCUCCUGAGGUGUACUCCUGGGUUGCAGGUGAGCCCACAAGUGACAGCUUUCUCCAAGAGCUUGUGGAUGGAUUUGAACCUGUGUCUCCCUGCAGAUGUGAGUUCGAAUCCUGAGACAGCUAGUUGUGUCCUGGCAAUUUGCCAGGCAUUUCCCUUUUCUGAAUAGAGGACCAUAUGCAGUGGGAUUCAACUCUGGGCAAAAAUGUGAACUCCAGCCUGACAUGUUUAAGGUUCAAGGCAGAAGUAACUGAUUUGGAGCAGGGAGUCACUUUAGAAGCAACCUUGCUGCAUUUCGUAUACAUGUUUCUUUGCCUCUCCCAGUUUGAGCUCUGCGGAAAGAGGUGGUGGUGGUGGGGAAAUACACUAGUUCUGAAGCAGAAUGUGACUGUGCACAGCACUGAUUGGCGUGUGCAUGGGUUGUCACCAAGAAACCUCCCCCAAAUCCUCAGAGCAGUUUUGCACUUUAAAAUAUUUUGCUUUAAGUAGGAUGACGACGACUGAAUGGAUAAACACAUGAAUGUACCACACAGCACUUUCCAAAAGAUGGUCUGCCUCCCUCUGCGUGUGGGGAGCAGGCAAGAUGGAAAAGUCCACCUGCAUUUGUAUUGUGGGUCUGUCUGCCUGUCGUUUCAGUUGUGUAACUGGGAGGAGGCAGAGGGUGCCUAUUAGGGGUGUGCAAUUCGGGUAUUCGGGACCUGAACCGAAUCACCCCUGUUCUGUUUUGUUCCCCAAUAUGGGCCACCCGAAUCACCCUUGAUUCGGUUCGGAUUCGGAUUUAAUCUGAAUCCGAAUCUAUUUGGGGGGGGGGGAAAGGGGCCAUGAGGCAUAAUUUUGGGGUGGGGUGGUAGUGCCCAAUGGGUGGAGUCUACCACCCCAAUUUCAGGGGAAUUGGGCAAAGGGCUGAUUUUGGGGGAAUUUUUGAAGUUUUAGUGACUUUGGGGCAGUUCGGGGGCAUAGCAUGGGAUCUGGGCAAAAGGAGUGGGGUGGGGUGGGGUGGGGUGGUAGUGCCUAGUGUCUCCGUUUGCAGUGGCUGACCUGCCGACGGUCGCCACGCACGAGGGAGACGCCAACCCCAGCUGCUUCACUUCCACCGACCCAUUUGAUUGCUGCAUUGCUCGCAACCUAUUUUCUUACAUUUAUAGAGCAGGACACUUUGGUUAUAAAGUACAAACCUUACAAUAAGAAUUAAAAUAUGCAAUCUUGAUUUGUUUAGAAAAAGGUC